AUGGCUACUGUCCAACCGUCGAACAUGCAUUCUGCUUCUGCUGUUCGUUUCCAAAUUUGCUCGGGUUCAUCCCCCUACACAAAUCGAGUCCGUCCGUCAUACGAAUUAAUUGAAGCUCCUACUCGUCAAGCAACAUCUACUGUUAACUCCAACUUUGAUGUUAAUCCCAUCUCAUCAUCUGAACGACCCACUCUCCCCCUGAAACACCAUAAUAAUAUCCCUCCCCCUAUAUCUCCUGCGUUGAGUGCACGAACUUCGACUCCAGCAUCGCGCCAGUCAAAACAGGAACAAAUCGAAGCUGCAAAUGCUGCAACCAAUCUUUCUCGCAAUCGACCUGCAAACUUGACGAAAUCAGCAUUGCAGAACACUUCUCCUGUCCCUCCAUAUUGUUCUAAUACUUCUUCCCUUACCAAUGAUCCUUCUAAAGAAGCUGCUAUAUCGAAAGAUCACUGGAAACCGGAUUCUGAAGCAACCGUCUGUGCGUUCCCUUCUUGCACUGCUCGUUUUGGUUUAUUCGAAAGGAGGCAUCAUUGUCGUUGUUGUGGCGAUGUGUUUUGUUCUACUCACUGUAAUCGCUCAAUUCCAUUGACAUUUGAUGUUCGUUUCUCGUUAUCGGCCGCGAAGCUUUUUAGAGCCUGUGUAUCUUGUUUUUACGAUUACAUAAAAUGGAGACAAUCUUUUGAGUUGGGUUCUGCUUCCAAUGUCAUUGUGGGUACUGAACCCCAUGCUCCAUCUGAAUCUACUUAUAAAAACAAGCAAGUCUCUACUUCUGUACCUAUCCCCAAGGUUGAUGCUGGAAUGUCGAAGACUGAGCUUCCUUCUGAAAGCUUGGUUUUAGGAACUGUUCCCGAUAAUUGGGUUUGGAGUACCUUUUAA